UCCGGAUCCUGGAAGAGGAAGAGGAAGAGGAAAGGGAAGUAGAGGAGAAAGAGAGAGAGAGAGAGAGUUGGUAAGUCGACGGUGAUGGCAUGAGGACUUUAGUAAGGACGGACUGUGGGUCCAGCGAGGAGGAGGAUGAGGAUGGUGGUGGGCGUGAUGGUUCUGGGUCAGCUCCUGACGAGGAUCCUACUCGCAGCUCACACUGUAGAUCGGCUUGCAGCCGCUCGAAAGAUACUCAGGGAUGUUCCGCUAAUCGACGGGCACAACGAUCUACCGUGGAAUAUACGCAAGUUCCUAAAGAAUCAGCUACGAGGAUUCAGGUUUGAUGAUCUUAGUGACAUCCGUCCUUGGUCUGGCAACGCCUGGAGUCAUACAGAUCUAAGGAGAUUAAGAGAAGGAAUGGUCACUGCUCAGUUCUGGUCAGCGUACACGCCCUGUCCAUCCCAAUAUCACGACUCCGUUCAACUUGCUUUGGAACAGAUCGAUGUGAUUCGCCGAUUGGUCAAUAAACAUCCCGAAAGUAUGGUUCUUGUUACUACGGCUGAAGGGAUCGAGAGAGCACACAAGGAUUGUAAAUUAGCGAGUCUUAUAGGGGUUGAAGGAGGACAUGCCAUCGGCACGAGUUUGGCGGUCCUGAGAAUGCUCUACGAACUUGGUGCCAGAUAUCUAACAUUAACUCACACAUGUCAUACGCCUUGGGCAGACUGCAGCAAGGCGGAUGAACCUGGUCAAGUGCCUCACGUCGGUGGUCUCUCAAACUUCGGUAAGAGCAUCGUUCUCGAGAUGAAUCGACUGGGGAUGAUGGUAGAUCUAUCGCACGUUUCGGUACCCACUAUGCUAGACGCCAUGACAAGUUCAAGAGCGCCAGUCAUUUUUAGUCACAGCAGUGCUCAUGCUCUAUGCAAUUCAUCGCGAAAUGUGCCUGAUCACGCUUUAAGACAUUUGGCGCGGACUGGUGGUAUAGUUAUGGUAUCCUUCUACCCCCCUUUUAUAAGCUGCAGCGAAACAUCAACGUUACAAGAUGUCGUUGCACACAUUAACCACAUUCGAAAUGUCGCCGGUGUGGAUCACGUUGGUAUCGGUGCCGGCUACGACGGGAUCAAUUUGACACCAGCAGGUCUCGAAGACGUGAGCAAAUAUCCGGAGUUAUUCGCAGAAUUGUUAGCGAGAGGUUGGUCAGAGAGAGAUAUCCAGAAACUCGCUGGCCUGAAUCUCAUCCGGGUCUUCAAGGCGGUGGAACAGGUGCGUGACAGAAUGGCUGCCGCCGGAAUGGAACCACUCGAGGAAGAAAUUCCAUCCGAGGACAUCCUUGGACGUAAUCAUUGUCGUUACAACGUUAGAAGAUUGGCGGUACCUUAAGAAAACCCUUAACGAGAAAUAUUAAACACGCACGAGUACUUUAUAGACUUUUUCUUUUUUUUCUUUCUCCCUUUCACUUAAAAUGAGAAAGAUGAGGAAGAAUUUUUGGAAGGAAAUUACGGAAAAAAGGAAUGAAAAAUUAUUGCGAAACGAAAUUGUUUUUCCAUUUUUUUAAAUAUAUAUCGCAAGAUUCGCGCAAAUGUUGCGUCUUUCUUAAAUCUUUAUACAACGUAAGGUAGAUAGAGACGAAAUAAUAAAAACGAAAUGAAUGAAAGCACACAAAAAAAAGAAAAAAAAAGAAAUCGAGCUCAAUUCUGCCAGGUGGCGACUUUAGCGAGUAAAAAAAAGUCGCGCCUUAUAAAAAAAAAAAAAAAAACCAACACUUGUACUUAUUUACGAGAGAAGGAGGUCGAUGUUUAAAGAAAAAAAAAUAAAAUAAAAUAAUAAUAAUAAUAAUAAUAAUAAUUAAUAAACAAGAAAAAACAAGAAAUAAUAGAAAUAUAUUAAAAAUCUUCCUACGAAAAGAAAAAAAAAAUGGAAAACGAUCGAGGGGACUUUAAAGACGAACGUUCGAUUUAUAACGCGACGCGCGUGCGUGCUACUACAAAGUUACACUCGUAAAAAAAGAAUAAAAAGAAAAACAAGAAACACCGUGAUAAUUUAAGACCAAACAACAUAAAAAAAAAAAAUAAAUAAAACGCGUUUGUAUAAAUGUUUAAACGAUCUAGUCGUCGAAUAUACACGGAGAGACACACACACAUCGAUGUUUCAUUUGUACUCAGCGAUUUUUUCCUUGUCGAAAAGCUGGAACCAAAAAAGAAAACUAUUCUAGUCAAUAAUCAUCAUACAUAUAUACAUAUACAUACAUAUAAACUAGGAAUCGAAAGAUGAUAAAGACGGGACGAGUGGGUGAGUAGUUGGCGCGGUGACUGUUCAGACGUAUCAUUGUUCCAUUAGAGAAAGUGGAACAAGCAAGGCUACGCGGUACAAACAAACGACAACUAACAACAACACACGCACAUUACGAACAAACUUGUACAUAUGCGGUACCUGAAGAUUGGACUAAAUGAAAAAGGGGGAGUGAGAGGGAAUUGUAAGGAAAAUUGAAAUCAUUGUUAAAUCAAAUCGGCCAAGUUGAUACGAAGCGCGAGGUAUAAUGAUUGCAUACCUUGGAACUUUGAUUGAAUAAGUAACAACAACAACAA